ACACCCUCCUUCAUCACAAAAACAGAGAAACACACACAAGAAUCAUGGUGUCACCAAUCUCUCCCUUAUCAAUUUUAUUCCUCCUCCUAUUAUCACUUUCAAUGCCAGCUUCAUCUUUACUUCAAGAAAAUUUUGUCCAAUGUCUCAACCUGAAUUCAAAAACAACAUAUCCAUUUCAUACAACAAUUUACACUCCAAAUGAUGCUUCAUUCAAAACCAUCCUUGAUACCACAGCAAUGAACCUAAGGUGUUUGUUGCCUUCAUCACCGAAACCUGAAUUCAUAUUCACACCCCUCCAAGAUUCCCAUGUCCAAGCAGCUGUAAUUUGCUCCAAAAAACUUGGAAUUCACCUAAGAGUAAGAAGUGGUGGACAUGACUAUGAAGGUGUUUCAUAUGUUUCAGAAAAUGAAACACCUUUCAUAGUUAUCGACUUACUCAAACUUCGCGGUAUAAAUGUCGAUAUCAAAACCAAAACUGCUUGGAUUCAAGCUGGUGCUACAAUAGGUGAAGUUUAUUACAGAAUCUAUGAGAAAAGUUCUGUUCUUGGUUACCCUGCUGGACUUUGCACAAGCUUAGGUGUUGGUGGACACAUAACAGGAGGUGCAUAUGGAACUAUGAUGAGAAAAUAUGGUCUUGGUGCUGAUAAUGUUUUAGAUGCUGAAAUUGUUGAUGCAAAUGGAAACAUUCUUGAUAGAGAAAAAAUGGGUGAGGAUUUGUUUUGGGCUAUUAGAGGUGGUGGUGGUGGAAGUUUUGGUAUUGUUCUUUGGUGGAAGAUAAAGCUUGUUCAAGUUCCACCAACCGUGACAGUUUUUACUGUCACUAAAAGUUUAGAACAAGGUGCAACAAAACUUCUUCAUAGAUGGCAAGAAGUAGCACCUUUUAUUGAUGAAAAUCUCUUUAUAAGAGUCAUUAUUCAACCAUCUAGUGUUGUUGGAAACAAAACUCAAAGAACUAUUACAACUACUUAUAAUGCUGUUUUUCUUGGUGAAGCUAGAACACUUCUUCAAGUGAUGAAGAAAAGUUUUCCUGAAUUGGGUUUGACAAGGAAAGAUUGUGAAGAAACUAGCUGGAUCAAAUCUGUGCUAUAUAUUGCAAACUUUCCAAGUGAUACACCACUUGAAGUUCUUCUUAAAGGAAAACCAACUUUCAAGAAUUUCUUCAAAGCAAAAUCAGAUUUUGUUAAGGAACCAAUACCAGAAAAUGGGAUUGAAGGGUUGUGGCAAAGGUUGUUGGUUGAAGAUAGCCCUUUGUUGAUUUGGAAUCCAUAUGGUGGAAAAAUGAGCGAGUUUUCAGAAUCUGAUAGCCCUUUUCCUCAUAGAAAUGGAACAUUGUAUAAAAUUCAGUACUUGACUUUAUGGCAAGAUGGUGACAAAAAUGCUGCAAAGCAUAUAGAUUGGAUUAGAAAACUUUAUAAUUACAUGACACCUUAUGUGUCUAAAUUUCCAAGGGAAGCUUAUGUUAAUUAUAGGGAUCUUGAUUUGGGAAUUAACUCUAAGAAUAGUACAAGUUACAUAGAAGCAAGUGCUUGGGGUUAUAGAUAUUUUAAGGAUAAUUUUAACAAGUUGGUUAAGAUAAAGACUAGAGUGGAUCCUGAAAAUGUGUUCAGGCAUGAACAAAGUAUUCCACCGCUUCCAAUAUAAAAAAAAAAUGUCUAAUGGGAAAUAAUAAAGGCAUAGUGAUGCUAGUGUUAUCAGUAGACUGGUAACUAUAAAUUUGUUGUGAAAAGGGUAAUUAUUAUUAUCUAGUUUAGAAAAAUAAAAAUACAUUUAGAUCUGUUACUUUAUUUUUGUAUUGUAAGGUUGUAAGACACUGAUUAAGUGCCUAAUUGUAAUGUUUGAUGUAUUUUUUGUGAUAUCUGUAUGUGAUUUAGGUGCCUAAUUGCUUUUAAGUGUGGAGCAACUAGUGGUCUUUUUCUAAGGAUAUGAAUUUUCUAAAUAUGAUUUUGAUGUAAAAGAAUUGUUACUAUACUAACUUAUUGUGAAUUUGUUGUUUAA